AUGCAAAUACUACAGACAAAUGUAUUCGAAAAUCCCAUUCCCAGCAACUUGUUGUUAAAAAGAGAUGACAGUUCUGCUAGUUCCACAAGCACGAGUCCUUCUUCCACUAUCACAUCCAGCGAUUCUAGCGCAUCAAGUACAUCGACGGGAUGUCCAGUCCUAGGAGAUUGUGUGUGUCCGAAUAAAGACGAACAAUGUGUACAAGUUGCAGCCACUGAAUCUAGGUGUGCUUACAAUAAAUGCACCAAGAUUGCAAGCUCGCUGAAACUAAACACCGGAGGAGUCGUUGGUGGUGUUAUUGGUGGUGUGGCAUUCAUUGCCUUGGUUGCAUUGUUCUUGUACUACUUCCUUAUAUAUCGCAAAAAACACCCUUUGGAAUUGGAUGAAACCUAUGAUUAUGACUAUGAGUAUGGCGAUGAAUAUUACGACGACGAUACUUUGGAUGUCGACGGAGUUGGCAUGGGUGCAAAUGGACUCCAUGGUGGUAGUGGUGCUGGUGGUGCUGGUAGUGGAGACCAAAUGAGUGAAAUUGCGUUGAAAAGAUUAAAUUCUGAUCGGAAAAUCCUGCAAAGAACCGAUUUCGACCAGCUGAGUCGCGAUGACGGAUCGAAUGGUGAUACCAGGACAAUUGGCGAGAAGAAUUUAUCACCAACUAGUGGGAAAUUUAAUACUAACAGUAAUGGAGCGAUGGGAGCCUUGGGAGCCUCGGGAGCCACAGGUGCCACAGGUGCCACAGGUGCCAUGAGAGCCACGGGAGUAACAACUACUCCGUCUGCAGCAGGUGUUGCAUCUCAACAUCCACGCCCGCAUCCACAGAUGAGAAGAGGAGUGGUGAACAAUCCAAGAAAGAAUAUGCGAAGAGUAUCGUCGUACGAAUCAUUUACAAAACCCAGUGCAAUAAAGCUGAAAUCGAAACAACAACAAAUAUUAAUGGCUCAGCAAAGACGAGCAAGACAGAAGAAGAUUAUACAGCAAGCUAACCAGCAGCUGCACCAAUUACAACAACAACAACAGUUGCAGCAGUCGCAACAGCAGUCGCAUUUGGGUCCAAAUGGACCUAGUGGAGUGGAUGAUAUUUAUAUGCAGCCAUCAAAUAGAAACUCUGUGGCCACUUCAUUCUCCAAUGCGUCGAAUAUUCUUCCUAUUGCUUAUAUUGCUGGUGUCACAGUGCGGCCGACCCAGAAAAACACUCAGUCAUUAUAUUCUUAUGACUCGGACUCAAUAUUUUCUGAUUUAAAUACCAUUGAAAAUGCAAGUAUUGUGAAUGAUGUUGUAAUGGUGGGAAAUAACCCCAAGCAAAGCAAUGUGGACACUCAUGAACCACCAUCUCUGCAUACUUCUCAAGGCCAACAAAUAAAUGGACCUGCAACUAUGACGGCGAUAAAAGCACAACCAAGACUAGUCAAUGUGGAUCGAAUAGAAGAAGAGGAGGAGGAAGAGGAAGAAGAAGAAGAAGAUGAUGAUGAUAAUGAUUAUAAUGAUUAUGAAGGAGGGGAAGUUGUUGAGGGUCACUAUGGUCAAAACUUUGGCAAUCGCGGAACUGUGCAGGGAUCGCAGAAUAUUAUUCCGGUGAGAAUAAAUACAGUGACAGCAGGUAAUGGUGCAGUUGAUACGGACGAUAGUGAUGUUGAUUCUGAUAUAGGUGAAAUAACGCGUGCAACUUCUGUCAGGAGGACUACGAACAGUGCAAGUAAUGCAAGUAAGGAUACGCUAAAGAAUAAUUCGUUGCAAAACAGCAAUUCCACCAUGUACAAUCGAGAGGUUAUUAUGGGAGCAAGUGGCAGUGACGAUAAUGAUACGAAUAGUGCAUCGUAUCCAUCGAUGGGAAUGAUGUCAUAUAAUGAGAACAGAGACAGAGAGUCUACACGUGUUAGAGAUAGUGCGCUUGAUAGAGAUAAUGGAUCAACUGUAGGGUCCUUUUUGUUUGAUGUUGAGUUUGAUGAGACACCACAAAUACUUGCGCCAAAAAGAGUUUUGAGUAACCUUGAAGAUGAUUUCGAAGAUGAUGCCGCACUGAGGUCGAGUCCGUUCGCUGAUCCGUAA